UAGAUAUUCCUGUUCACAUAAAUGUAAAUAGGCCCAAUUUGUCUUUGCUUUCUCACUCUGCUUUUUACUUGACCUCCCAAGAUGGCAAGUGUUCGGGCUGCAGGAGUUCUCUCCAGGUUUUCAUCUACAACAAGAUACUCACUUUUUACAGGUUACACAUGCCGUAAUUUCACAGUUUAUUCUGCUAUGCUAGCUCGAACUCAUGUCAGCUAUGAGGUCAAUGGUGAUGUGGCAGUUGUACGGUUUAACAGCCCUAACUCCAAGGUAAACACUUUGUCCCGACAACUCCAGUCUGAGUUUACUCAAGUAAUGAGUGAAGUCUGGGCCAAUGGUGCUGUCAAGAGUGCCGUCUUAAUCUCCUCAAAACCGGGCUGCUUCAUUGCCGGGGCAGAUAUCAACAUGAUUGAAGCUUGCAGUACUGCUGCAGAAGUGACCAGCCUUUCUCAAGAAGGACAGAGGAUGUUGCAGAAGAUUGAACAAUCCCCCAUACCCAUUGUAGCUGCUAUUAAUGGCUCCUGUUUGGGAGGAGGCUUGGAGGUUGCAAUUGCCUGCCAAUACAGAGUAGCAACAAAGAACAAGAAAACCGUUCUGGGUACACCUGAAGUCAUGCUGGGUUUACUUCCUGGAGCUGGUGGCACCCAGAGACUACCAAAAAUGGUUGGCAUUCCCUCUGCCUUUGACAUGACGUUGACAGGCAGGAAUAUCCGUGCAGAUAAAGCCAAAAAGAUGGGUCUUGUUGAUCAGCUUGUUGACCCACUAGGUCCUGGUUUGAAGGGUCCAGAGGAGAGAACUAUGGAAUACCUUGAAGAGGUUGCAGUUGAAUGUGCUAAAGGAAUAGCCAAUAAGAAAAUCUCUCUCAAGAAGGAAAAGGGUUUAAUGCAGAGGUUAACAGACUAUGUCAUGGGUAUUCCAUUUGUAAGGAAGCAGAUAUACAAUACUGUACAGACGAAAGUUAUGAAACAGACCAAAGGACUAUACCCUGCUCCCUUGAAAAUUAUUGAGGUUGUACAGACUGGGAUUGAACAGGGAUCGGAUGCUGGCUAUUUGGCUGAAUCACAGAAAUUUGGUGAACUCGCCAUGACCAGAGAAUCCAAAGCCCUUAUUGGCCUCUACCAUGGUCAAGUAGCAUGCAAGAAAAACAAAUUUGGAACUCCACAGAAAGAGGUUCAGAGACUGGCCAUUUUGGGCGCAGGUCUGAUGGGAGCUGGUAUUGCUCAAGUCUCUGUUGACAAGGGCUUGCACACCAUUCUGAAAGAUACUACAGAGCAAGGCUUGAGCAGAGGCCAACAGCAGAUCUAUAAAGGGUUGAAUGAUAAAACUAAGAAGAGAAGUAUCACUUCCUUUGAGAGAGACAGUAUUUUCUCAAACCUUACCGGACAACUUGAUUACAGUGGUUUUAAUAAGGCAGACAUGGUUAUUGAGGCUGUGUUCGAAGACAUCCAUAUAAAACACAAAGUCAUUCAAGAAGUUGAAGCGGUUAUUCCCCCUCAUUGUGUUUUUGCCACCAACACAUCUGCUCUGCCCAUCAAAGACAUUGCUUCUGUCAGCAAAAGACCAGACAAAGUAAUUGGGAUGCACUACUUCUCUCCAGUAGACAAAAUGCAGCUUCUGGAAAUCAUCACCACAGACAAAACGUCCAAAGACACAACUGCCUCUGCUGUGGCUGUCGGCCUCAAACAAGGAAAAGUCAUCAUUGUGGUGGGGGAUGGUCCUGGCUUUUAUACAACCAGAUGUUUAGCUCCUAUGUUGGCUGAAGCUGUUAGAGCCCUGCAGGAAGGUGUCGACCCUAAGAAACUGGAUGCCCUCACAACUGGCUUUGGGUUCCCUGUUGGCGCUGCCACUCUUGCUGAUGAAGUAGGAAUCGAUGUUGCUGCUCAUGUAGCAGAGGACUUGGGAAAAGCAUUUGGCUCCCGAUUUGGUGGAGGCAAUGUUGAAGUACUGAAAACCAUGGUAGCAAAAGGAUUCAAAGGCCGCAAAUCUGGGAAAGGGUGCUACGUCUAUCAAGAAGGCACAAAAAACAAAAAUGUGAAUCCAGGAGUUGAGGAGAUUUUGCAGAAGUUUAAGAUUCCAGUAAAUCCUGACGUAGCCAAAGACAGUGAUGUCCAGUAUCGCCUGGUGUCCAGGUUUGUGAAUGAGGCAGUGAUGUGCCUGCAGGAAGGAAUUCUUAGUAACCCAGUUGAAGGAGAUAUUGGGGCAGUCUUUGGCUUGGGAUUCCCACCAUGUCUAGGAGGUCCUUUCAGAUUUGUUGACUCUUAUGGAGCAGAUAAACUUGUUGAGAAGAUGAGGAAGUAUGAACAUGUCUAUGGUAAUCAGUUCACACCGUGCCAGUUGCUGGUUGACCAUGCCAAGGAUGCCAGCAAGAAAUUUCACAAGUAAACCAGAGAGAGAGAUUGGUUGAUAAUGUCUCUUUAUUCAAAGGUGGGGGGCGGGGGGGGGGUAGUAGCUUUGCCAUUGAAAAAUAAUGAAUGUGGUGGACAUCACAAUAGAUAAGUCUAGGCAACCUUAAACAAUGUAAAUGCAACCAUUUUUAUAUAAUUUUUUUGUUUGAAAAAUUAACAAUAGUGAUUAACUAACCUAAAUCUUCUUCCCAUGGUGCCUUAGAAAUGCAGACAACUCAGGCACUUAUUUCUGUGCUUUUUGCAGAGUUAAAAAUGCCAUUGCAAAGCAGUGUUUCAUUGUAAACCAUCUUAACAAUAAAACUAAACAGUUUUGGA